AUGCACGGAAUAUUGUGGCACAGUCCCGAGCGGUUCACCCAGGCGCCGGCACGUGUUCGAAAGGCGGACGUUGUGCCCCCCCAGCCGUCGAUGCUUUUUGUGGACGCGGUUGCUGUGCCCUCCGAGACGUCGGAGUUCAUUCCCCAGGCGGUAGCGGCGUCCCCCGAGCCGUCGGUGCCUGUUUCCAGCACGAGAGUUGCGCGCGCCCAGCCAUCGGGGCGUGAUCAAGAGGCGGUAAUUGUGCCCCCCAAGCCGUCGGCUGUCCAAGAGAUAGUAGUUGUGCCGCCCCAGUCGCCGGAGCCUACUCAAGGGACGGCAGCUGCCGCCCCCCUGCCGUCCACGUCUGUUUUCAGCGUGGGAGUUGCAACUCCCCAGCCAUCGGGGCGUGUUGUCAGGGGGGCAGUUGCGCGCGCCCAGCCGUCGACGCCUGUGCAAAGCACGGUAGUUGUGCCCCCCCAGUCGCCGGAGCCUUCUCAAGGGGCGGAAGCUUCCCCCCUCUUGCCGUCGGCGCCUGUUUUCAAUAUGAGAGUUGCGCCUCCCGAGCCAUCGGGGCGUGUUGUCAGGGGCGGAGCUGCGCGCGCCAAGCCGUCGACGCCUGUGCAAAGCACGGUAGUUGUGCCCCCCCAGUCGCCGGAGCCUACUCGAGGGACGGAAGCUGCCCCCCUCUUGCCGUCGGCGCCUGUUUACAGCUUGGGAGUCGCGCCCCCGAAGCCAUCGGGGCGUGCUGUCAGGGGGGGAUCUGCGCGCGCCAAGCCGUCGAAGCCUGUCCAACAGGCGGUAGUUGUGCCCCCCCAGUCGCCGGAGCCUACUCGAGGGACGGAAGCUUCCCCCCUCUUGCCGUCGGCGCCUGUUUUCAAUAUGGGAGUUGCGCCUCCCGAGCCAUCGGGGCGUGCUGUCAGGGGGGGAUCUGCGCGCGCCAAGCCGUCGACGCCUGUCCAACAGGCGGUGGUUGUGCCCCCUCAGCCGUUUACGCAUGUUGAAGAGGCAGUAGGUGCGCCCCCCCAGCCAUCGGCGCCCGUUGAAAAGGUGGACGUUGCGCGUCCCCAGCCGCCAAUGCCUGUUGAAGAAAUCAAGCCGUCGGCUCCUGUUGAAGAGGGGGUGGUUGAGCCCCCCCAGCCGCCGGCGCCUGUCGACGAGACGGUGGUUGUGCCCCCCCAGCCGACCACCCCUGUUCAAGAGACGGUGGUUGUGCCCCCCCAGCCGACCAUCCCUGUUCAAGAGACGGUGGUUGUGCCCCCCCAGCCGCCGGCGCCUGUUGCAGAACCUGAAGUUGCGCUCCCCGCCCCGUCUGUGCCUGUUCAAGAGACGGUGGUUGUGCCUCCCCAGCCUUCCACGCCUGUUCAAGAGACGGUAGUUGUACCCCAUCAGCCCCCGGCGCCUGUUGAAGAACCAGAGGUUGCGCCCCCCCAGCCGCCAGCGCCCGUUGAAGACACGGAAGGGAAGACGAGGAAAGGGCUUUUGGCAAGAAUAUUCAAGUGGGUCACCAGCUGCGAGUGCAUAUCAGAAGGAGGGUGUCCAACCUUCUAAUUGUUGUUUCUGUAGGCAGACUGCUAUUCACUUGACAGCAAGAUGGAGUGGCAAGGGAGGGCUCGGGGUCUGCCGGUAUAUCCUGUUCUCUCUCUCUCUCUCUCUCUCUCUCUCUCUCUCUCUCUCUCUCUCUCGCUCGUGCUCUCUCUCGUGUUUGUGUUUCCUGUGAAGAGACGGGAUGUAGAUAUCUUCGGAAAAGACUUGCCUGCACCAAAGACUGGGUUGGCUGCACGACCAUGAAUGACACCACGCGUCACCCAGGUCGUCUCGAUUCUUUUUUCAGUCCAGCUACUUUUUUGUUCCGAUGUAUAUGGUGUGAGUACGUCCAGAUUUGGCAUGAAGCCACUAUUGUAGUUGGUGGUUGUGGUGACCUUUGGAAUUCAAAUGCGUUGUGUGCCGGGGAAUUAUGGAUGAAUAUUGGCGCGUGCGAAUUCAGCACGCAAUGAAGUUGUAUUUAUCCGUUGUUCUGAUGAAGGGUUGUUUCGAAUGAUGAUAUUUGCCGUGUAUAUUUUGUGUUUUAGCGAAAUGAAGAACAUGUCGAGAAAAAGCUCCAUGUGGUGCAGUGAGACCCCAGUUGUUGCGUCAAACGUGUGCACCAAAUUGUGUGUAGACCGGCGCCAGAAGAGAUAGGACGAAUACACGCAGCGAAUCCAAGAUGAUGUGGCUCGUGCAGGCCCAAGAGAAUCCCAUGCAGGGGCAAAUGUAGUUUAGAACGACGUAGGUAGCGGGAAUGGUGUAGAAGAAAAUAGGCCUUCCAUCCUCAAUGAUCUUCCAUGCUAUUCGCGUACAUCAAUCGGACACCGAAGAACGGUGGUAGUAGGAAGAACCAAGAAAAAUAAUUGGCAAGCUCGAGACGGAAGUCGUAGAGA